AUGGCGGACCGCAUCAGAGAGAGAAUGAACCAGCUCCGUCUGGAGGCUGACGAGUCUGCUGCCAAAGUCGAAGAGUUACAGACUAAAGUCAAGGCUCUUGAGCAGGAAAACCUCGCCAAGGAGCAAGAGAUCACCUCCCUCUCCCACAAGAACGGUCUCCUCGAGUCUGAGAACGAGAAGCUCGACACCACCAUCAAGGAUUUGAAGAAGACGGCCGAUGAGGGCUUGCAACAUGGUACGCACAACGAGACUCUCCAACGAAGACUUCAGCUGCUUGAGGAAGAAGCCGAGGAGGCAGACAAGACUCUUCGUGAGACAAAUGAGAAGCUCCGCCAGACUGACGUGAAAGCCGGCCAUUUUGAGCGCAAGGUACAGGCGUUGGAGAACGAGCGGGACCAGUGGGAGACGAAGUACGAAGAGAUGUCCAAGAAGUACCAGGGUCUCCAGAAGGAGUUGGAGGACCUCCAGGCCGAGAUCAGCAACAUUUAG